UAGAACCCUGAACUAGGCAGAAGGAAAGGACGAUGGAAAGCAGUAUCACACAAAGAUCCAAAUGACAUUUGAGAGAAUGAUGUCCUCCAGAAGCAAGAGCCACAUAGCACGCCUGUGAGUCCCAGGACCUGCCAACUCGAUGAAAACCGGCCAGUGGAGACUUCACUGUAACUUGUAGCUUUUGCUGUUGUGAACCAUCUCCUCUUCCCAUCCUUUCAGAGAAUCCUAAGACCAUGAGGAGCAGCCUUACCCUGGUAGGCACCUUCUGGGCCUUCCUGUCCCUAGUUACUGCUGUGGCCAGUUCUACCAGCUAUUUCCUUCCAUAUUGGCUGUUUGGAUCACAGCUAGGAAAGCCGGUAUCUUUCAGCACAUUCAGGAGAUGCAACUAUCCUGUGCGGGGAGACGGGCACAAUCUGAUCAUGGUGGAAGAAUGUGGGCGCUAUGCCAGUUUCACCGCCAUACCAAGCCUGGCAUGGCAAAUGUGCACAGUGGUGACAGGUGCUGGCUGUGCUCUGCUGCUCCUGGUGGCAUUGGCUGCAGUCCUAGGAUGUUGCAUGGAGGAACUCAUCUCUAGAAUGAUGGGGCGUUGCAUGGGAGCUGCACAGUUUGUAGGAGGGUUGCUGAUAAGCUCAGGCUGUGCACUAUAUCCUUUAGGAUGGAACAGCCCGGAGGUAAUGCAAACAUGCGGGAAUGUCUCCAAUCAAUUUCAGUUAGGAACUUGUAGACUUGGCUGGGCCUAUUACUGUGCUGGAGGCGGAGCUGCUGCAGCCAUGUUGAUCUGUACCUGGCUCUCUUGCUUUGCUGGAAGAAAUCCCAAGCCAGUCAUGUUGGUGGAGAGCAUCAUGAGGAAUACCAAUUCUUAUGCCAUGGAGCUUGAUCACUGCCUCAAACCUUAAGCCUUGAAAGAGGAUUUACUGAAGAGGGUGGGAACAGGGGAAAGUGAACCCAUAAAGAGGUACUAAGCCAAGGCAGUCACCUACUAGUAGUGUAGCCUACUGCUUGCAUGCUUUGUAAUCACUUGGCAUUCAUUUUCAUGUUUCCAUAAAACCACAAGCCCAUGCUGAUUUAUACAGUUCAUCUAGCACAAUGAGUGUCUCAGUCACUUGACAAGAGUUUCCACUGACCACCCAAGUCCCAUUGAGACCCAUUAUGCAAAAUAAGAUCCUUUCUUGAAAAGUAACUGUAGAAGCAAGCUACUCCUUAGUUUUAUAACCCUUACUUCCCUUUUACUUUAAACCUUAGAUGUUAUUAAAGAGCAGUUGUAUUCAGGGGCACUAGGAGAUGGACCAAGCUGGUUCCCAUCCAUUCAUUUGCAUGGCUCUCCCUCUGAUAUUCAUGGUUGCCCACUAUCUCAAGUAUCACUAUGCAAAACUUUUGUGACUUUCUCAGGCCUACACUUUGUUCCAUUUUCCU